AUGGCGUCGAAUAAAGAGGUCGGUGAUCCGUGUCAAUUUGACAAUUUAUCAGUGCAUGAACUUAAGAUAUAUUUACGAGAUAGAGGAGCACAUGUGUCAGGAAAUAGACCGGAGUUAAUAAAACGUGCCCGAGGCCUUGUACAAAUCGGAAAACGGACAUUGAAAGAGAUUAAUAUUCAGGACAAUAACAACAAACUUGAACGACAGGAGGAAUUAUUUACCACGCCGCUAGGUGAAAAAUUGCCAGAGCCAGGCAGUUUAAAAGGUUGUUGGGAGGACGAUGUGUUAAAAAUUCCCUUCUUCAGGACGCAGGAUUUAUACAAUUACCUUGUGUUAAACCGUUCACGCACGUUUGACAAUCAGAACAUGAAUGCAAGAAAACAAUUAAAAGCCAAAGUGUUCUACGAAGAUGGACAUGUCCAUAGUGUGAAAUACAAUCAGAUAUCACAUAAAUGUUCCCACUGCUACGUAAGAGCAAAGGUCAUUCUGUCCUUACCAGGGUCUGAUGUUCAAAAAAAGGAUUAUGAACCAUGGGCCUGUCUGGCUAAAGUAUCGGGAAAGAUUCAUGCUGCUGGAUGCAACUGUGCUGCUGGGGAGGGGGAAUCCUGCAACCAUGUUGCUGCGUUGCUGUACGCCCUUGUUGAUAUCGGUUCCAAACAGAAGGAUGGUUUGAAUGCGCCAACUUCAACAAAAUGUAAAUGGAACCAGCCGAGGAAAAGAAAAAUAAGCCCUCAAAGGUCUCAGCAUCUUGUAUUCAAAAAGCUGAAAUUUGAAAAUGACACUUUACAGAAAGUUAGCCCAUCUACUAAAUGUAAAGUUGACAACCUGCAUAAUGUUAAACCUCUGAAUUCAUUAGCAUUUGGGGAAAAACUUAAAAAAUGUGCUCCACAUGCUGCUUUUUUGUUGAGUGAUUCUGAACUUGUUGCACCAGAAGAGCCAAUACCAGUGCUUCACAAACUUCAUUCAGUGGAUUUCUUUAACAAAGACAGUGUUGACUUAAAAAGUUCAAUGUGUGAAAAUAAUUUCGAAACAUAUUUUAAAUCAUUGAACUGUAAGCAGGAUGACUGUUUUCUUAUUGAAAACUCAACAAAAGGACAACAUAAAAGUUACCAUUGGAAAAAUGCAAGGGCUGGCAGGUUAACAAGUUCCAGUUUUGGAACUAUUUGUAAGAAAAAACCUGAAACAAAACCUGAUAUCUUGUUGCGAUCCAUUAUGGGGUACAAUGACGAAUUUGAUACUGCAGCUACUAGAUGGGCAGAAGUCAUGAACCAGCUGCCAAGCGUGUGUACCAAAGGCGUAUUCAAAUAA